CACUAUCUUCCCUUACUCACACAGACGCACUGGAAGUCUGCCGGCUGCCUCUGAGCCGCACUAGAAGCUUCACAGUGAGGAGAUCCUAGUGACAUUAUCCAUCACCUCUGGAUGUUUGCCUGCCUGCGCUCGUCUGUCUUCAGGACUCUUCUUGCUCAAGACGCUGUGUCUGUGUGUGUAUGUGUAUGUCAGAAAGUGUGUGUGUGUGUGUGUGUUCAUUCCCAGUCAACAGCACAAGGCUGAGACUUCCAGCUCCGAUGCUGCUUGUUUGGACUCUUGCUUUUGUUUGCUGAGACAGCGUGGAGGAGUGUUAACAUCGGAGCUGCCGGGAAAUUUGGCAUUGUUUUUCCCUCCCUUUUCCUUCGCUGGCACACAAAGGGCAGAAGUGGAUGCCUGGAUUUUUCGGUGGCUGCGUGCCGGAGCAGAGUGCUUACCUCAGGAUUUGCAGUCGAGGGGGGGGAUAUGAUAAACAGCUGCGAGGGGAGGACGGUUUGCACUGCAGCAUCAGACUGGCAUCUCUUGCUCUACGUUGGGGAGUUUUUUUUGCCUCUCGAGGUUGCACACAUGGACAUAUUUCACACCCAGCAGCAGUAGAGCCUGGCUGCAUUUUGCAUUCACCGAUGGAUUACUGCUGCUUUAAGGACAGGUUCCCUGCCCGCUGAGGGAGAAAAGAUGCUGAUUUAAGAAGAACAGAAGGAACGCUUUGUUUUUGGGGCAGAAGACGGGACGAGCAACUUCAGGAUUAAAAAAGAGACUUGGAUGACAGGAUGACAGCUGCGUUGAGCUGAAACCGCCCCCUCCUCCUCCCUCCUCCUCCCUCCCCCUUCCAGUCCAAACAUGAACUCUUCCUCCGAUGUGAACCAAAGCGGUUCUCCCCCGUUCUGCCUGCUGGGCGCCGUGGGUUACUCCCGUAGCCUGGAUACCUGCGUGCUGGAGGUGGUGGUCAUCCUCUUCCUCACUGUGCUCAUCAUUGCCGGCAACCUGGUGGUGAUCUUUGUCUUCCAUUGUGCCCCACUGCUGCACCACCACACUACCAGCCACUUCAUCCAGACUAUGGCCUAUGCCGACCUGCUGGUGGGCGUCAGCUGCCUGGUCCCCUCGUUGUCCCUUCUCCACUACCUCCGAGGCCUCAAUGAAGAGCUCACCUGCAAGGCCUUUGGGUAUAUGGUUUCUGUGCUGAAGAGCGUCUCCAUGGCCUCGCUGGCGUGCAUCAGCGUGGACCGCUACAUAGCCAUCACCCGCCCGCUGUCAUACGCCACCUUGGUGACGCCAUGCCGGCUGAGGAUGUGCAUUGUCCUCAUCUGGGUUUACUCUGCUUCGAUCUUCCUGCCAUCCUUCUUUGGCUGGGGGAAGCCGGGUUACCACGGGGACAUAUUUCAGUGGUGCGCAGACUCCUGGAAGACCAACCCAGGGUUCAGCACCUUCAUUGUGGGGCUCCUCUACGCACCAGCAGCACUCACCGUCUGCUUUACCUACGGGAGUAUAUUCAGGAUCUGCAGGCAGCAUACGAGGGAGAUCACCCAGCGUCACGCCCGGUUCAGCUCACAGGCCGAGGGCGAUAAAGGCGAACGGGGGGAGCGGUGCGAGGGCUGCCCAGACAAACGCUACGCCAUGGUGCUGUUCCGUAUCACCAGUGUCUUCUACGUGCUGUGGAUGCCGUACAUCCUCUACUUCCUCCUGGAGAGCGCUGGGCUGUAUCACCACAAGGUGGCAUCCUUCCUCACAACCUGGUUGGCGAUCAGCAACAGCUUUUGUAACUGUCUCAUCUACAGCCUCUCCAACAGCGUCUUUCGGAAAGGUCUUGGCCGCCUCUUUAGUCCAUUGUUUCCUUCCUGCCUCGGCUGCACAGAUGCUAAAAAGGCUCCGGCUCCAGUCAGCCCGCGACCAGACCGUCGAUGCCAAGUAUGAGCCCCAACAAUGGUGGAUUUGGUUGGUCACUUUGGAGGCACGGGCCUCUGUGUGUGCUUUGCUCUCAGCUGCGUAGCAUGACACAGGUCUUUUUGGUCCCACAGUGAAAUGUGUUGAGGACCGCCUGCACGGAGCACAGAGAGGUGGCCGUGCAGAUGCCUGUUGGUCGUCUCAAAGGCUGAUUUUGUGGAAAAUGGGAGGCUGUGAAAUUCCCUCUGGGUCUUUUUCAAAUGCUCUUCAGUGUGAUGCUGCUCUUUCAUGGCUGCAAAGAUCACAACCUGGUGACACUGAGUAAAGAAGUUUUGGUGAUUAAGAAAGUGGACUGCAGGAUUACGAUUCAUGUGUGUCAGUUCAGAGGAUUUAUUAAACACUCCUGCCUGCACUGACUUAGGAACUCCCAGAUGCAAAAAAGAAAGCACAACGCGACUUGUGUUGUGUGUGCGGUUCACUGAAAUGCAAAUAAUAUUUUAAAUAUUUUCAAGCCUGACUGAAAAAUCUGCAAAUCGCCUUGGUUCUUUCAGGGUAGAAUUAGGUAAUGCAAAAAAUGUUAAACACUUGAAACAGACUACUGAUCUGUUUCCUUUGAGAACUCCAGAUGCUAAUUAGUUAAUAAGUGUUUGAAAAAUAAAUUACCAAGAACUUGCCUGAUUAUCAGCCUGUGUGUGUGAGUUAAAAAAUGUGUAUCAGAAGGACGUUAAUCUCAUUUCCCAGAGAGAAGAUUGAGGUUUAUUUAGAAGCUCAUGUGUGUUUUAUUAAAAUUAUUCCUCUAUUGAAGGUUGGUGUUAGUAGGAAGCUCCAAGUAUGUUUACACAGUCUCGGGUUUCAAAUGAAAAUGUUGAUUUAAGAAUUACCUUUACUUUCCAAAGGCCACCGAUCCGGGCCACUGCAGACAGUGGCAUAUCCUUGUCAAAGAGACAAUAAAUUGUAUUCAUUUGGAGAGUUUUAGUCUCUCUUUGUGUUUCCUCCUCAGGGUUAUCAGCAGUUCUUUGUUAAGCCUCUGGGCUGUUUGCCUUUGAUCUCAGCUGAAACAGUACAUGACUCCUAAAUCACAAGCCACGUAGUGUCGUAAGAUAAUCACCUCCUGACUUUGUUGUGCAGCCUGUGUCAGCGCUUAGAAUGAAUCUGCUGCCUGCCGGGAGCCACACAAGCCAGACUUCAUUACAAUCUUUAUUGGUUAUGUCUCACUCUUUUGCUCUCCAAUUUCUGAUAGCUGUUCAAAUCCGUGUUAAGUAGAAGGAGAAGUGUUAACAUUCAGCAUCACAAGCCCAACCUCAGUGUAAGAGGGUCCUUGUACUUUUCUGAGAGCAAGUGAAAGCUUGUGGCUUUUUUGUCUUCAAGUAAAUACACUUCAGAGUUUAAAUAUUUAAACAGUGGCUAACUGGGCCCUUUGGGGGAUUUUUGGCAGCCCCUAAUCUAAAGUAGCCCUCCAGGAUUACAAAUGAUUUUGUGGAUAAAGUGUUUUGUUUUAUAAGAUAACUUAUUUGUCACAGCCAAGUGGUCUGACAUACUAAACUGGUUUUUUACAGUGUUGAGAAGAAGGAGAAACAUUUCUUUAUAUGUUGUAGGAAGAUUUUCAGAUGUACAGUUUGGUUUUGAAGUCACAAUUAAAUGGCAUUUCUGAGAGCGUCUUGCUCCUGAAUUUGACUUAUUUGUGGUUGAAAAAGAGGGAACACUAAAUGGAUGUACGGACACCCUCAGACCUCUGCGGCUGUUUCAAUGGUUUGGGCUCCUUAGAUCCAAUGAGAGGAAAUUACAGUGGUUUUGUUUUUUUUAAAGGAAAAACACAGCUUUUUGUCAAAAUCUGAUUUUUUUUUUCAUCUGUUUUACUGUAUAAAAAACAUUAUGCCAUAGAAAUAUGUGUGGGGAAACUGCAGGCAAAAUUUGCAGUGAACUAUAAACUGAACUAAACGGAAACCAAACCACAGUUGCUGCACUCUGGUGUUGUAAUUUGUAAUUUAUUGGUUUAUUAAAGAGGGUAUGUUCACAUGAACAAGCAUUUCUCUAAGGAACCUUCUGUCCCAUUUACAUUGUGCAUUGUGCACUUUGUCACAGAGAAACAGCCAGCUAAGCAAGAGAGCUAGCCUCUAACAAGUUCAAACAAGCUAGCCUUAGCUAAACUAGCCUAGCUUAGCAGAGUAGCAGUAACUGCCCUCUCAGCUUCUGACUGUAGUGGAUGUCACAGGAUUUAUUGUGGCUGCUUUUAAAUCACAUGUUUUAAAUUAUAUAUUGAUUUAUUGAUGUUGAUUUCUAAAUAAUUGUCAACAAAUAGUGGUUAGAAAUAGUGUAUUUUCCCCUCACAUUCCCUGAAGAUUGUCCAAAGGUAGAAUUCAGAUUUUAGGUAGGCUAUAAUGCUUGGUCUAUGCUGAUAAUUUAAUGAGUUCAAAUCUCAUCUAUCUGUUACACUGUUUCCUGGCCAGCCUGAAUAUAUUAUAUUUUUUUAUUUAUCAGCAUCAGCUUUUUGGUUGGUCACACAGUCAAUAAAUAAUGUUCACACAGUGUUUUAAAUGUGUAUAAAAUAUGACUGAAAAAGUAUAACAAAUAGGUUAUUGAUAUAAAAAAUACAAGAAAACUUAAAAUAAUACGUAUUUAUUGUUUUAUACGUGUGUGUACUGUCACAAGGCAAAUCACUUUAAAAAAUGACCUUGACCCACCUGACCCAGAGCUUUCAAUGGUAUUAUAAGAUCUUUCUCAGCAGAUGGAGUUUGCCCACUUCUCAUUGACUUGUAGAUGUUUAACUACAAUUAAAUUUCAGUUUUUAAAAAGUAUUUUUAUUUUGACUGUGUUUGACUACCAAUUACUGCAUAUACAAGUAAUUAGUUACUGGGGAAAGGAACUUUUGCGUUACUUUUAAAUGUCUGCUUUAUUUCUCUUAUUAAUGCACACUAUCAGCUGUAUUAUAUUAGUGUCGCUGUGGGACGAGACAAAUGUAUCUAGUUAUUAUUACUCCUGACUACCAGAGGGCAGCAACGAGUAGUGUUCCUACCUGUAAACUACACUUACUGUCUUGGUUCGUGGGCAGGAGGAUUUAGUAGAAAAAGACCCACCAGAAUGUUAAUUUUAACCAAGCCUGGCUACAAUAGUUAGUUAAUAAAAAAAAUAGCUCACAUUGCCUGAACUGUCUUGGGUCACUGAGGUUGGGCGAUGUUAUAUCACAAAUUGGAAAAUCAAGUGGCUGUGUUUAUCUUUCUGAAAUUUCAGUAAUUGUAAUUGCGUGAUUCAUUUUAAAAAUUGAAUUAGUUACACUCCUUGUUACCGCCAAAGGUAGUGAAUUACCGUCACACCCAACACUGCAUGUCAGGGGGUCAGAGGUCAGAAUAGGGUUAGGGUUCACAGUUUAACCGGUGCAAUGAGUGUCCCACUGACCCUGCUGCCCCCAACAUCUUCUAUUUAUAUAACAUUUUUCUAUGUAACAAUAUAUGUUAUGUAUACAGUGUCUGCUAUGUAAUUUCCUGCAAAGUGUUGACAUGUUUGAUCCCUGCUUGAUUUGUUGUGAGAGAUGCUCCUGCGACAGACUAUAACUGCAUGAUUCUGGAUUAAUGUUCCUGUCUCAUGAUGCUACUGAGAGCAAUCCUGACUGUACUCCUUGUCUUAGUAUCCUAACUACUGUUGUGUAAUACACAUGGCUUAUCGUGUUUUCUACGAGGGCCAAGAGUUCAUGUUAGUUACGGUUAAUUUCAGAAAACGAGAAUGACCUACAGAAAGCCUUCUGGCAUGCCUGUGAUUUCCUUCUGAUGCUGCUGUCGGGACAAAAUGACGCCAAUCUGCAAAAAGGGAAGUUUUGUAAGGAGUGAAAAAAAACCCAAACCAUUUUAAUUCAACAAGUUUUAAGAGCUAAAGCAUCAAGAAACUCGAUUACUGCACAAGUGACAGUGAAAAGACUUAAAAUAUUUGCAGUUUGUGUUAUUUUUCCUUGACAGCAGUGACAUGCUGCUCAACUGUGGGAGUCAGUGCAAUACAACUUGCUGGUGUUCCCUCAAACUACAACAAAUCAAUAAUUGUAGAAGAAAAAUCAGAAUGAAAGGGUUUUUACUAUUUUAACUCUGGUUGAGCCGUUUGCUAUUCAGCAUGUGAUCUUAACAAGUGACUGAAAAUCUGCUGCAGAUUAUUGUAAUUAAAGAGAUGUAAUUAUGUGAUUAAAAUCAGAUAUUCUGAUUAUU